CGACCCGCUCGCCGCUGCAGCAGUUCUUGCAGUGCGAUCCGCCCACGACCCCCCGCCCGACCGACCUACCCGCAGCCACCAUGUCUGAGCGCAAGGUCCUCAACAAGUACUUCCCGCCGGACUUUGAUCCGAGCAAGAUUCCCCGGCGGAAGAUGCCCAAGGACAAGCAGCAGGUCGUCCGCCUGAUGUCGCCCUUCAGCAUGCGCUGCAACACCUGCGGCGAGUACAUCUACAAGGGCAAGAAGUUCAACGCGCGCAAGGAGACGGUCCAGGGCGAGGAGUACUACGGCAUCAAGAUCUUCCGCUUCUACAUCAAGUGCACCCAGUGCUCGUCCGAGAUCACGUUCAAGACCGACCCCAAAAACUCGGACUACAACUGCGAGCACGGCGCACAGCGCAACUUUGAGCCGUGGCGCGGCAACGACGACAAGGUCGAGGAGGACAAGCUCGCGCGGCUCGAGGAGGAGGAGAACAACCCGAUGGCGGCGCUCGAGAACAAGGCGAUCGACUCGAAGCGCGAGAUGGACAUCCUCGACGCCCUGUCGGCCAUCAAGUCGCGCAACUCGCGCCUCGAGAAGACGGGCAAGGAGGACUCGACCCGGAUCCUCGAGCACAUCAGCUCGCGCGCCGAGGUCGGCGACACGGCGCUCGAGCGCAAGUUGACCGAGUUUGAGGAGCGGCAGAGGCGCGAGGAGGAAGAGGACGAGGACGAGGUGCGGCGCGUGUUUGGGCGCGCGUAUCUCGACGGCGUGCCCGACAUCGAGCUCGACGACGGCGCGCCGUCCGAGUCGUCGUCGGGCUCGGCGCCGACAACGCCGCGCGACGGCGAGGACCUACCCGUCGCGAGCGGCUCGGGCUCGGGCUCGGCGUCGGGCGCAGGCGCCAAGGCGGCGGCGGCGGCGUCGACGAGCACGGCGGUCAAGCGCAAGCUCGACACGGUCGAGCCGAGUGCGGCGUCGCUCCUCUCUGCCGAGUCGAGGGCGAUCGUCGGCAAGGCGUCGGGGUCGAUGGCGCCGCCCAAGAAGAAGAAGGCCAACAGCGCGCUCGCCAACAAGCUCGGGAUCAAGCUGAAGCCGGCGAGCGGGAGCAAGUGAGGAGGGUCCUCUGGCUCGAGCUGCGGGUCUUUCUCUUUGUCUCUGUCUGUCUUUGUUGUAGUCCUCGUCGGAUCUGCGAUGCCUGUGUGUCCCGCCGUC